AUGGUGUUUGACAUAGUUACUAACAUUAAAAACUGCACUCACAGAUGCCUUUUCCUUGUAGCGGAGGACCUGUUGAUCAUCUAUCAGACUGAAGCAGAGCAAUGGGCAACGUACCUAAAGUCAGCCUUCAUCGGUCCCCUCCCAGAGGCUGGCAUCUGCUGCUACAACAUCACCACAAUGUCCAGUCGACGGGACGACUUCCUCAGGCUCGCCGGCUAUAGCUGCAAAAUCCUGAUCCUCUCCAAAGGCAUGCUGGACGGCCUCAGCCAGCUGUGGCGCUUCUUCCUGGCCCGCGUGUUGAGCCCCGCCGCUCAGGUGGUGGUGCUGCUGUGUGGCGUGGACAGUUUGACCCCGCUGCUGGAGCUGGUGCCUCUGAAUGGUGACGAGUGCCUGCAGAUUUCCAGCGAACAAGACGUUCAUGAGUACAUAUCCACUGUCACUGAUGUUGUGAAAAAAGGUGUUUCAGCCAGAGCAGCAAACAUCAACCCACUGACACGUAAACCCUUUGGAUCAGUCCAAAGUAUCGGUUGCAGAUCUGUGGUCGUUCCUUCCAGGGUUCCCUGCAGGACCUCUAUGGAAGUGUUCAUCCUUUUGGAAAAUGAGGCUCCUGGCGGCGACACUGAGGUUGAGUUUGCUGGCGAAUAUCAGACGCUGCGAGUGAAGCCUGUCCACUGGAACGACAGAGCCCUGCGUGUCCAUGCACCAGAUUUUCCUGCGGGAAACGUCAGAGUGACCGUGUAUAUCAACGGAGUGCCACUGAGCAAGGCAGAGCUGCAGUACUACAGCAGCAUGGAGGAACUCGCAUGCCUUCUUGCUAGGGUUGCAGACCCCGUCGAUUUCAUGUGUCAGGCUCUUCAGGUGCCGUCUGUGGACAAGCUUGACAACAAGUUGUCCUCCAUGCUGUUGGAGGCGAUGCCCAGUGGAGGCUUCCCUGCACGGCGGUGUGACACCAUGCCUGAAAGAGAGCUCCACCACGCGGGUUCGCCAACCUUACUUCACUUUGCCGCCCAGUAUGGACUCAUAGGUGUGUCCAACCUACUCCUGCAGUUUCCUGGCGCCAACCGAGCGCUGCACACGACCAAUCAGCACGGUCAGACUCCGGCCGAGAUUGCAAGGAGUCACGGCCACGCAGAGGUGGACGCCUUACUGAGGAAAACAAUGGAUAUUUCCAACCCCGGCGAGGAUAAUGCAGAUUCCGGUGUGCACAAAGUGAUGUGCGCUGCAGGGAGUCCUUCCAACGCAGACAUGCAGAAAGAGGAGGGAGGAGAGGAUGAACAGGAGGAGAUGGAGGAUAUCUAUGCUUCGCUGGGGAUGAAUGAUGAUUAUGACACCUUCAUGAACCCAACGAAGGCGGUGGUUAUUGCCAAUCGCCCACCAGCGCCCACUCCACGCCCUGAGAGCAUCAUGGUGGUGGAGGACAAAGUCUCAUACAUCACUCAAGUGUUCAAGAAGAAGAAAACGCCACAGGGAAAUGCUGAACUAUAUUCACUUCCAACUAAAGAAGCGCAAGGGCGAGAACCCAGCAUCUCUUCCACCUAUGACAACUUGGUAGAGAUGCAUGGGCUUCAGCAACUUGCCGGGCUCCAGCAGAGGGUGAAGGCCGGUUCGCUCACUGUGGACGAGGCUCUGGAGCGUUUCAGUGACUGGCAGAGGGCUCAGAAGGACAUGGACGCCACCCAGAAAGAGAAGUUGACACAGUUGAGAGACGUUAUGAUAAAAAGCAGCGAGGACGAUGACAGUGUCUAUGAUCAAAUCCACAUCGUUCAUCACACUCCAAGUAAUACGCAGAAGGAGAAUCGCAGAGCAAGCGUACCGGUGGAGUCUGGGGUUUACAGCAAGCCGCUCAAACAGCAGCAUUCACAUUUCUUUCGGAGACCCAACAAGCGGUGAAGGCAAGUCUAAAAACAGAAGGAAUAUCAAUACAAAAAACUCAUUUUAAGUUACUUAAGAUCUUCUAAUGUGUCACAAUUUCCAUAUUUACAGGCUCCAUCGCUCCACAAAGAUUCAGAUCUUCAAAUGAUUAUACUGAUUUAAUCUGAACACACUACUUGUUCAGCUGUCUCGCUCAAAAUAUAUGGAUGUUAAUUCUCCGAUAAAGUAGAAAAAUGUGCAUUUCACUAUCAUUCUUAGUUUAAUCAUAUUUGAAAAUUGUGAGUCAUGUUAAUUAUGAUCUGUGAUCUUGCUUUUGAUUCUUUGAUCUUAGUAUUUUUAACACCAUUUUCUUUAAGUAUUUUACUUUAUUUAAUUUGUUUUACAUCUUUUUAUACCAUUUGCUAGUUAUAAUUUUUGUUUCAUCCCAAGUCUUUGUUUUCUAACAUGUUCUUACGGAUCUA